AAAAUGCUCUUAAAAUUUAUUUUAUAUCAUUUUCCAAAUUAUUACUAUCAAAAGUGUUUAUAAAAAAAAGAAGAAUCGUUUUUACUAUUUCUUGGAAUCUAAACUAAAAUUCGAAAAAUUAAAGAAAGAAAAAUGUUUAAAAGACAUGUCAAAUUUUUUAAAAUCGUUUUUGGAAUUUUUAUUGCAACUUACAUAUUAAUAGUUUUUUUAAAAAUAAUACAAAGAAACAUCAACCAAAGUUCAUUGCUUGAUUUUUAUGAUAAAAAAAAAGUUCCAACUAAUUUGGAAAUAACCGAAAAAUUUACUGAAAAAGAGAUGGAAAAAAUGUCUGCAUUAGGCAGAUGGUUAAUCUCAUCCGAUGUAAAUCCUCCCCAAAAUUCAAAUAAAAAGAACAAACCUUAUCUAAUUUUAAUAUGGAAAUAUGGACCCUUCUUAGAAAAUCGACACCUUAAACGAUUUACAACAGAAAAACAUUCACCUUGGGAAAAUUGUUCAGUUCAAUGUCUACUGUCAUAUAAUUCAAAUGACAUUGAACGUGCAGAUGCUGUGAUAUUUCAUAUUCAUCGUAUUAAAAAUCGAAAUGAGUUACCAGUGAGAAGAAAUUACAACCAAAGAUGGAUUUUUCUAACUGACGAAUCACCGCUUCAUACAUUUCUUCACAGACCACAAGAAUUAUCCAACUAUAAUAAACUUUUUAAUUGGUCGAUGACUUAUCAUAUGGAUAGUGAUAUUCCCGUACCAUAUGGAAGAACAGUGAAAUUAUCAACCCCAUUCAAAGAUCAAUCAUUACUGCAUAAAAAAUUAGAGAAGAAAAAGAAACUUCUCGGAAUAAUGUUCAGUAAUUGUGCUAGUCUCAAUAAUCGAAUGAAUUAUGUUCGUGAAUUAAAAAAAGUACUCGGCAAUAAUCUCGAUAUUAUUGGUAAAUGUUUAAAUGGUAAUCGAACAGCGUGUCCCAGUCAUUUUCGCAAGAAUUGCGAUUUAUUGGAAAAUUAUAAAUUUUACCUAUCAUUUGAAAAUUCAAAUUGCCGUCAAUAUUUAACUGAGAAAGUAUUUUGGAAUGCUUAUGAAAAAUUUGCAAUUCCAGUUAUUAUGGGUGCACCUUACGAUGAUUGCGAAAAAUUAUUACCACCAAAUUCAUUUAUACAUGUUAAUCAAUUUUCUAGUCCAUUAGCAUUGGCUAAUUAUUUAAUGAAUUUGAAUGAACAUGGUAGUUAUGGUAAGUAUCAUAAGUGGCGAACGGAAUAUCAAGUAAUUAAUGAACACGGUUACUUUGGAAGUGCUUCAAAACAUUAUUGCCGAGCAUGUGAGGCACUUCACUAUAAUUCAAUGAAUAGAAAAGUUUACGAUAAUAUUGAACAUUUUUGGAGUAAAACAAAAGACUGUAAUAUUUAUCACUAGAAUUUUCUAUAUAAUACCAUUAAUAUCUAAUUAAUUUAUUGUUAUUUUUCAAAUAAUAAUUAAUUCAUAAUAAUAUUGAGUCACGUAUUAAAAUUUAAUUUAUAUAAAACUAAAAAUUUCUAUUUUUUUCUUUUCUAUUCCAUUCAAUAAUAAUUUUUGAAAAUAUUUCACACCAUUUGAACGUUAAAAAAUUAGGGAAUAUUUAUCAGAAUACUACAUUUUCAGAGGGCUUCCUUCGUUCUAAAUUUCAUUUUAAGAAGUCAAAUUAAAAUUUGAACCGUAAGGGGGAAUUGAAAAAUUCCAAAAUUUUUUUUUAAAUAAACAAUUUUAUUGAUUUCAUUAAUGUAUUGGGGGAGACUGUAAUGAAUUUUAAAUGAUUUUCAAUUUAUUUAAAGGCCAUAAGUUGAAAUAAUUUCGCUGUUUAUUUAAAUUAUAUGUGCUUGGUUUCCUGCAAGUUUAUUCUCUAAAAUUUCAUUGUUAUUCAUUCAUUCAUUCAUUUAUUAUGCGAAUGUAAUAAAUGUAUAUAUAAAUACUGUAAAUAUUGUUAACUGACAUAAAAUGUAGAAAUGAAUAUAAAAUGAGCGAAUACAAGA